AUUUUAUUACAGGCUACUUUUGUUCAGCGGUCGAGUGCUAUGCCUUUAGAAGGCUGUUGAUGGGAUUAAGGACUAAAUGGGAACAACAACGGGGAGAAGCUCUUCAAAAUGUCAGCGGCGCCAGAGCACGAGGACUCCUUUGACUUUCUUUUCAAAAUCAUCCUGGUUGGAGACUCCGAUGUGGGUAAGACUUGCGUCGUCCAGAGCUUCAAGUCGGGCAUAUUUGUGGAAAAUCAGCAAAACACAAUUGGGGUAGACUUCACUGUACGCACCCUAGAUAUUGACGGCAAGAAGGUGAAGAUGCAGGUGUGGGACACAGCGGGACAGGAGCGAUUUCGCACUAUCACCCAGAGUUAUUACCGCAGUGCCCACGGGGCCAUGGUAGCCUACGACCUAACAAAUCGCUCCACUUUUGAAUCUGUGCCCCACUGGAUACAAGAGAUCAAGCAGUAUGGCGCCGCCAACGUAGUAUUGGUACUCAUCGGUAACAAGUCUGACCUUCAUAACAAAAGACAAGUGCUAUUUGAGGAUGCAUGCAACCUGGCAGAAGAAAGGGGUGUGCUGGCUGCUCUGGAGACAUCAGCCAAGGAAGCCCAAAAUGUCGAGGCAGCCUUCAUUCUCAUGGCCAGAGAGCUGCUGGUACGGAACGGCCUGACGGUCACCGACGAGACCGCCCAUGAGUUGCCUCACUUCCUGUUAGACAACUCCCAUCCAAUCCAUGGCCCUAUUUCCUCAGAUAAGAAAUGUGGGUGCUGAUGGAACAGAUGU